AUGAAGCCUGUGCUGCUUCUCCAGCUGCUGCUGUUGAUUCCUCUAGCACUACAGCUGGUGCUUGGGAGUUUCAGGCAACAUUUUAUAAAGUAUAUUUUGGAACCUCCACCCUGCAGAGUGGCCCCUGAAAACUGUGAUAAAUUCUGUACCUUUCAGGAAGAUUGCCCAAAAGAACUUCAGUGCUGUUCUGCUUUCUGUGGGACGAUCUGUACAUUAAACAAAAAAAAGGUGAAUAAAAGACUGUCCUCGGCAGAGUGGUUCCCCUCAACUGACCAUGACCACUCAGGAGACCUUGGUGUUGCUGGGAAGGUCAGCUGA